AUGGCUUCCGAAUCUGAACUUUCCUAUAUCUUUGAAAGAAUGAUCAGAAACAGAGACAUGUCUCUGUUAUUACCCUUCAUCCAAGGUCUUUCCGAACCUUCAAUUCGAAGAAACAGUGACAACCCAGAUCAAGAAUCUUCCAGUAACGAAGAUUCCGACCGUCAAAGAAUCAUCUUGGUGAAUCCUUCUACACAGCGUAUGAUUAUAAUCGAAGGAGUUUCAAGUCUCGAAACUCUGUUUCAGGAACUUGAAAGUACUAGAAAGAAAGGUCAGCCACCAGCUUCAAAGGAGUCGAUAGAAGCUAUGAAAAGGGUUGAAAUUGAAGAAAGUGAUGAUAGAGAGUGUGUUGUUUGUUUGGAGGAGUUUGAGGUUGGUGGAGUUGUUAGAGAAAUGCCUUGUGAGCAUAGGUUUCAUGGUGAUUGUAUUGAGAAGUGGUUAGGAAUUCAUGGGUCUUGUCCUGUUUGUAGGUAUCAGAUGCCUGUUGAUGAGAAAGUUGAGGAAAAGAAAAUUGAUGAAGAAGAAGAAGAUGGAGAGAGAGGGAGGGUUGGUGGUGAAGUUUGGGUUAGUUUUUCUAUUAGUAGGAGAAGGGAAAAUCGUGAUCAAAAUCAAGUUACUCCGGGUGGUGAUUCAAUUGAUUCUUUGUCAAGCCCUAGUGAUGGUGAUGAGAUUAGGAAUUCAUCUUGA